ACAGAGGGCCUACUCUGUUGAAGAAGGAUUGGAGGGUCUGCUGUAGCCUGUGGCUUCUGACUUCGGUCCAAGGCAACCGGCGCAUCACACUUGAGUUCACCUCGUGGCCUGGCCUGGCCCCGCCCUCACCUGUGUGACGUAGCAGCCACGCCUCCUGCCUCCUUGGUAGCAGCCCCGAGAGCCACGCUCUCAGAGGCUUAGCCCGUUGGAGGUCGCUUUGGUGUGAAAACGCGGGUGGAUCUACCCGGGCCAUGAUGAAACUAGCUGCUAGCUUCCUUCUGCUGCUUCUGGAAGUGUGGCUCCCGCCUGUAACACCUCUUCCAGCUGAGGAUUUAACUUCGGCCUCCACUCCAGGCAGCCCUCUCUCACCCUCUGAAUAUGAACGCUUCUUUGCCCUGCUGACCCCAACCUGGAAGGCAGAGACCACCUGCCGCCUUCGGGCAACCCACGGCUGCCGGAACCCCACGCUUGUCCAGUUGGACCAAUAUGAAAACCACGGAUUGGUACCAGAUGGUGCUGUCUGCUCUGACCUCCCAUAUGCUUCCUGGUUUGAGUCCUUCUGCCAGUUUGCACAGUACCGUUGUUCCAACCACGUCUACUAUGCCAAGAGGGUCCGGUGCUCCCAGCCAGUCGCCAUCCUAUCCCCCAACACUUUCAAGGAGGUUGAGUCCUCAGCAGCAGUUCCUCCCACGACCAUGACCUCCUCGGCAUCCCGGGCCAUAGCCACCGAACACCAGGCCUUCCAGUCUUGGCCCGAAAGGCUCAACAACAACGUGGAAGAGUUGCUGCAGUCGUCCCUGUCCCUGGGAGGCAAGGAGCAACAGAGCAGCCAGAAGCUGGGACGGGGUCAGCACAAGCACGAGCAAGAGAGCAAGCAAGAUGAAGAACAGGAGCAAGAAGAGCAGGAAGAGGAGGAAGAGGAGGAGGAGGAAGAAGAGGAGGAAGAGGAGGAAGCAAAGCAGGAAGAGGGGCAAGGGACAGAGGAGGGGCUGCAGUCCGUGUCCAGCCUGCAGUCAGACUCUGAGCCCAAGUUGCAAUCUGAGUCCCUGUCUUCCAACCCCUCCUCCUUUACCCCCCGGGUCCGGGAAGUGGACUCUGCUCCGCUGAUGAUGGAGAAUAUCCAGGAGCUCAUUCGCUCAGCCCAACAGAUGGACAAAAUGAACGAACUAUACGAUGAUUCCUGGAGAAGCCAAAGCACCGGCAGCCUCCUGCAGCUGCCCCACACGGAGACCCUGAUGGUGCUAUGCUACUCCAUUAUGGAGAAUACCUGCACCAUGACUCCCACAGCCAAGGCCUGGAGCUACAUGGAGGAGGAGAUCCUUGGCUUCGGGGAUUCGGUCUGUGACAAUCUUGGACGUCGACACACAGCUGCCUGUCCCCUCUGUGCAUUCUGCUCCCUGAAGCUGGAGCAGUGCCAUACUGAGGGCAACAUACUGCGACAGCGGUGUGACGCGUCGCACAAGAUACCCUUCAUCAGCCCCUUGCUCUCGGCCCAGAGCAUAUCCACCGGCAACCAGGCAAGGUUCCCAGAAAAAGGCCGCUUUGCUGGGCUGGAUAUGUAUGGAGGACUCAGUUCAGACUUCUGGUGUAACCGGCUCGCCAAGAAAGGCUGUGAAGAUGACCGGGUCUCCAACUGGCUCAAGGCUGAGUUUCUUAGCUUCCAGGAUGGGGAUCUCCCCACAAAGAUUUGUGACACAGACUAUGUCCAGUACCCGAACUACUGUUCCUUCAAAAGCCAACAAUGCCUGAUGAAAAACCAGAACCGAAAGGUGUCUCGCGUCAGAUGUAUGUUGAAUGAGAAUUACAACGUGCUGAGCCCGGCUAAAAGCGAGGAGAUUAUACUUCGCUGGAACCAAGAGUUCAGCACUUUGGCUCUAGGACGGUUUGGAUGAACCGGGGUGCGUGCUGUCCCCACCCCA